UGAUUGGAGAAGAAGAUUAAAACAAAAUGGGAAUUCAAGAGAAAGACCCUCUCUCGCAAUUGAGUUUACCGCCGGGUUUCCGAUUUUAUCCGACGGACGAGGAGCUUCUCGUUCAGUAUCUGUGCCGCAAGGUUGCUGGCCACCAUUUCUCCCUGGAAAUCAUUGGCGAAAUUGAUUUGUAUAAGUUCGACCCUUGGGUUCUUCCAAGUAAGGCAAUUUUUGGCGAGAAAGAAUGGUACUUCUUUAGUCCGAGGGAUAGGAAGUAUCCGAAUGGAUCGCGACCCAAUCGAGUAGCCGGGUCGGGUUACUGGAAAGCUACCGGAACCGAUAAGACUAUCACGACCGAAGGAAGGAAAGUUGGUAUCAAGAAAGCUCUGGUUUUCUACAUUGGUAAGGCACCCAAAGGCACCAAAACAAACUGGAUCAUGCACGAGUAUCGCCUCCUAGACUCUACCCGCAAGAACGGGAGCACCAAGCUUGACGAUUGGGUUCUGUGCCGGAUAUACAAGAAGAAUUCAAGCGCACAGCAGAAGGUACCAAACGGCGUCGUUUCGAGUAGCGAGCAAUAUGCCACGCAAUACAGCAACGGAUCUUCUUCAAACUCCUCUUCCUCCCACCUCGACGAGGUGCUCGAGUCCCUGCCAGAGAUCGACGACCGUUGCUUCGCCUUGCCACGUGUCAACUCCUUAAGAGCGCUGCAGCAGCAGCGCCAUCACCAAGAAGACACCAAGGUCGGCCUACUCCAACAGCAACAGCAACAGGGUCUCGUAGCCGGCACCGGUAGUUUCUUGGACUGGGCUUCCGGGCCGGGGAUUCUGAACGAUUUGGGCCAGGCCCAACAGGGGAUUGUUAACUACGGAAAUGACCUCUUUGUCCCUUCGGUGUGCCACGUGGAUUCCAAUUUGGUGCCAGCAAAGAUUGAAGAGGAGGUUCAGAGCGGCGUGAAGACUCAAUCCGGAUUCUUUCAGCAGGGACCGAACCCCAAUGACUUUACACAAGCAUUCUCAAACCAGCUAGAUCCUUACGGGUUUAGUAGGUACUCGGUUCAACCGGUGGGGUUCGGGUUCAGGCAAUGAACCAGGGUGAGGAACUAGAUGUGAAAUAACUAAAAGAAAGUGUAUUGAAUUUUUGACUAUUUGUUGAGGUGCAAUUGGGGGGUGUAAAUAGGGAUUCUUUUGGAAUAUUCCAAGAAAGAAAUGUCUUGCAUUUAGAAAAAGGGUUGGGUUGUAAUUUUCUUUCUUGGUGGUCCUCUUUUUCGGCUGGAGAUAGAGUGGAGAAAAGAAGAAUUCAAUGCAUCGAGAGGUGGAAAAAAGGGGGAAAAAUUGUGAUUGCACUAAAUUACUAGUCUUUGGAAUUUUAAUUAGUUUGAAGAUGUACACAAUUUUUGGCUGCACCGGCCGUGGUGUGAGCCACAUGAAUCACGUUUUGUACUUUUGGAAGAUUUAGCAUCAAUCGAUAUACAAUUGUUUACAAUUCCAA